UCCAAAAACCCUUUGCCCCGGAUUUCUCAAAUAUCUCCGGAACUACUCCAUGAACCGGAAAAUUCGAGAGUGCCUUGUCAGCCCACGAAAAACCCCCCAAAAAAUUUCCCCCGACAUUUUCCUCGGAACGCAGUAGCUCCGGAAACAUUUUGUCGAUAAAUCCCGUAGUUUCCGCAGCAUUUCGUAGCAACUCCCGUUGAAAAUGAAUCGAUGACUGUGUCCCCCACUCACUUCUCCGCAAUUCCUCCUCCACAAUAAUAAAAUCUGACAACAGAAAGCAACAUGUCCGCCAUAUACGGCAGCCAUCGGCCAUCCAGUCUAGUCCAGCUCCGGUCCUUGGACUGUCGAGUAGGAUGAUCGCGGUUACUCGAAACUCCCUUAUCCCAGGAUCAACUCAGGCAACAAAUAAAUGAAACAGUGAAUUACGGGGUAAUUGAUAAUUGACAACAAUGCGGGGAAUUGAGUGCCCGGGGGAGAGAAAAUAAACAAACAUUUCUCUCAUCGGGAAUUCGGCUUUUUGGAAGUUGUGAGGUGAUCGCUUGUGAAGUAGUAGCUGCUCUGUCCUGUCAAGUUCUGGAGGCAUUUGGGAAACAGGAUAUGGAUGACUCGAGUGUUCGCGUCGCCGUUCGGAUACGGCCUCAAGUGGCUCGCGAGGUGAUCGACAUGUGUAGAAUCUGCACCCAAGUGCCCCCGGGUGAGCCCCAGGUGUUUCUGGGGCCCGACAAGGCCUUCACCUACGACUACGUCUUCGAUACGAACACAGGACAGAGUCCGAUCUACGAUGCAUGUGUUGCAAGACUGGUGGAUGGUGCAUUGGACGGAUACAAUGCAACAGUUCUGGCGUAUGGACAAACUGGCUCGGGAAAGACGUACACUAUGGGCACGGGAUUUGACGUUGAAGUGGAUGAGAUGAUUGUUGGCAUUAUUCCAAGGGCUAUCAGACACUUGUUCGAUGGUAUAGCUGAUAAACAGGCCAGUGCAAGGGAGCGAGCUCUCAUGCCACCUGAAUUCAAGGUGACCGCCCAAUUCCUGGAGCUCUACAACGAGGACCUCAAAGACCUCCUGGAGCCCGGCGGUCCCCGAGGCGGUGCUCGAAUCCACGAGGAUCCCUCCGGCAACAUUCACUUGGCCGGAGUCGAGCCCCGGGUCGUCACAAGCCCCGAACAAGCCCUCGAGUACCUCCGCCUGGGUGCCCUCUCGCGAACCACGGGCUCCACCCAAAUGAACACUCAAUCCUCCCGAUCCCACGCGAUUUUCACCCUCUACAUAAAACAGCAACGAUGCAUAAAGAUCGAGGACCCCGACGCGGACGUCGACACGACCUCCUCAGACCCCGCGAACGAGUUCGAGACCUUGACCGCCAAAUUCCACUUCGUCGAUCUAGCGGGAUCUGAGCGUUUGAAACGAACGGGCGCGACUGGUGACCGAGCGAAGGAAGGCAUCUCCAUAAACUGCGGCCUCCUGGCCCUGGGGAACGUCAUCUCCGCCCUCGGUGACAAAACGAAGAAAGCUUUACACGUGCCUUACCGCGAUUCCAAGCUGACGCGUCUCCUCCAGGACUCCCUGGGUGGCAACAGCCAGACAGUCAUGAUCGCUUGCGUCUCCCCCAGCGAUCGGGACUUCAUGGAGACGUUGAGCACUCUGAAAUACGCGAAUCGCGCCCGAAACAUCAAGAACAAGGUCAUGAUCAAUCAAGACAAAUCGUCGAGAACGAUCGCUUCACUUCGACGGGAGAUCCAGCAGCUUCAGCUGGAGCUUCUUGAGUACCGACAGGGGAAGCGAGUCGUCGGGGAGGACGGGGUCAAUGACGCCUGGCACGAGAACCAGAUGCUCAACAGCGAGCUCCAAAGCCUUCGAACAAGGGUCAAAGCCUUGUCCGAAACUGUUGAAGGAUUGACAGCGAAGAACUCGUUGCUGAUAGCUGAGAAAGCUGCUGGGCAAUGGGUGAAUAGCGCCUCCGGAGAAGACGUGUCGGGCUUGAUCCUAGGGUACGUCCAAGAGAUUGAGGAGCUUCGAGCGCGGCUGAUGGAGGCCGAAGCCAUGUACCAACAGGUGAAGAAGCGACAGAUGCAGGUUCAGGCUGCCAAUCCUUACUCAGAGCCGUCUUAUCCUUUUGGCGAUUCGUCUUCGGUCCUUGCAGAUGCCAAACGCGAGCUGCAGAAGGAGAUGGACGUCCUUGCGGCUUUGAAGGGACAGCAGAACAAUGAUGAGGAUAAUGAGGGUGACGGUGCGGAGAAUGGACAGGAGUCGAUGAGUGACGACGAGUCCGACGACGAUUCUGACAGGAAGGAGGAGGACGAGGAGGAAGCUGCUAUGGGGCGGGAGUUGGAAGCUUUGACGUCUGAUAUUGAUGUGAAGCAACGGUUGAUUCAAGAGUUGGAGUUGUCUCAAAGGAGGCUGCAGACGAUGAAGCAGCAUUACGAGGAUAAGCUGGUGCAGCUGCAAGCGAGGAUCAAGGACACUCAGGAGGAGAGAGAUAAGGUGCUGUCGUCCCUUCAGCAGCAGGCCUCACCACCGACGGAGAAGGUGAAGAAGCUGAGGGAUGAGUACGAGAAGAAGCUCACAGUGAUGCAGAAGGAGGUUCGCUUGCUGCAGACGGCUAAGAAGGAACAUGCGAGAUUACUGAAGAGUCAAUCGCAGAAUGAGAACAGGUUGAGGGGGCUGAGGAAUGAGCUCGCGGAGAUGAAGAGGGCGAAGGUUAAGCUGUUGAAUAAGAUGAGAGAGGAGGCACAGAGGCACAAGGAGAAUGAGUUGAGGAGAAAUAGAGAGAUUGCGCAGUUGAGGAAGGAGAGCAGGAAGAAUGCGAAUAUGAUUAGGACGCUGGAGGCGGACAAGAGGAUGAAGGAGGUGGUGCUGAGGAGGAAGCAGGAGGAGGUGACGGCGUUAAGGAAGAGGGAUAGGGGACUGAGUCAGAAGGUUGCAGGCAGAACGGCGGUGAAGAAGGUUAACCCGAAGACGCUGAAGCAAAUGUGGCAGACUUUUGAGAGGACUAUUACCAAGCAAGCGUUGGCCAAGCAGGCGGCGGCGGAGACUGAGAGGGAGAUGGAAAGGUUGUUGAUGGAGAGGGAGGAAUUGGGGAGGGACUUGGAAAGGCUCCAGAAGCAUCGCGCUGUUGUCGCAGCCACUCGGGGGGAUACUGCGGAUGUUGACGAGGAUAUCGACAAUGUCAAGAGCAAGAUUAGCUAUCUGCAGGACAGCAUUGCGGAGUGCCAGAGGGAUAUGGUGGAGAUGGGGGAUGGGGAGACAGAGGCGGAGCCCGGGGUUGAGGCAUUGAUUGCAGCUGUGAAGAGUGUUGACGAGGCGCAAUAUCUUCUCCAGAGAAUGCUCAAUUUCACGGUGGAGCAGAGCUGCAGUGCGGCACAGAAGCAGCUUGAGGUGAGGGACAUGGAGAGUCGGCUUAACCAGGUGGCGCAGGAGAGCGAUGUCCAGCAUCAGCUUUUGGAGCAUGUGUUGAGGGACAGAGAUCUCCUUACGAUGACCAGUAGUCAUGAUAAUAGCUUGGUUUACAGUCCACCGAGCUCGAGGAGUUCUUCACCUGAUAACAGCGAGAGCUAUAGCCAAAUAUCAAUGAACGAUGUCAAGCAAAAGAGCAAUAAAGUUCGUCGACGAACAACUCAACCCCAAGAGCUCCUCUACGGCGUGGGAUCUGGCGCUGAUUCACUGAAGAUCGACGAUCACAACCAAAAUCACAAUCAUCCCCUGACUCGAGUGCCCAGUGCACCUGGCAGUCUUAAGGGUUUGGUAUUGACGCGCGGCCAGCAUGGGAGUGGUGGCAUGGCUGGUGGUGGAUCACCAAUACUCAGUAGACGUGACAGCACAUCACCACGACCCCUUCGGAGGCCAUUGCAUCCUGGUGGGGGCUCUAUGGAGCACGUUGCACAAAUGGACGUGUCAUCGCCACCAGGAUCGCCGACGAUUUAUCGUCGAUUCAACAGUCGUGAGGAGAAUGUUUUCUCGAGACUAACUGCUACUAGACAACCGCUGACAACUGAUCCACAACCGACAAAGGGGGUCAUUUCACAAUAUCCGGGAAAGGUGCAGCCUAGAGCACCUCUGCAAUGCACUCACGUUGCCGAAGGCCACAGCAAGGCAGUGCUGGCCAUCGAUGCAACCGAAGACUUAUUAUUCAGCGGCUCAAAAGAUCGAACAGUAAAAAUAUGGGACUUGGGGACAGGCCUGGAGAACAUGACUCUCUCAGGUCACCCCAACAACGUAGUUGCAGUGAAAUACUCCGAGUCCCAUCGUCUCCUCUUCAGCGUAUCAUCGGCCUACGUAAAGGUCUGGGACCUUCGCACCAGCAAUUCAUGUGUCAAGACACUUUUCUCCUCGGGACAGACCCAGAGUGGUGCACUAUCCCUGACGACAACAGCGAGAACCCUCCAAGUGCCUCCUGGUGAAACGACAAUAAACGAUUUGGCACUAAGUUUGGAUGAGCAGGAGUUGUACAUAGCGACUAGUGAUAAAGUGAGGGUCUGGGAUCUCAGGAAAUUGACGUACACUGGACGUCUGAGCACUCCCCACACAGCAGCUGUCAUGUGCCUUGCUGUCGCUGAUGACGGACGAGUCAUCACGGGGAGCAAGGAUCAUCUCAUUUCUCUCGUUGAUACGAAUACAUCUGGACAAGCCGUCAGUCUUGCUCCACCUCAUUACGAUGGGGUGCAGUGUCUUGCCACUAGUGGGGCUACUCUAUUUUCAGGUUCGAGAGACAUGUGCAUCAAACGUUGGGAUCUCAGCCGGAUGGAGCUCCUCCAGUCCCUGAACAACGCCCACAAGGACUGGAUUCAGGGUCUCUGCACGAUAAACAACGGCUCAGUGAUGGUCUCCGGCUGCCGAGGGGGCUACCUUCGAGCCUGGGGAGUGCCCACAGACACCGAGGGCGAGUGCUCAUCCCUCGGGGAGGUCCGCGCUCAUGGAUCAGCGAUUAAUGCUGUCGUCACAAAUCAACAGCACAUUUUCACCGCCAGCAACUCGGGUGAAGUGAAGCUCUGGCGCAUUCCCGAUCCUUUCCUAGCAAUGUCAAUGUCAACAAUGUCUAUCUAACUCAUUUUACUCAUCUGCUUAUGCUAUUAUUUCUGCAACUCAUCAUUGAUAAUUAAUUAAGCGUAUUUCGUGAAUUUCUAGACUUCAUCGUUAUUUUUAUUUUGUCAUUGAGGCAAUCCAAGUCAGUUAGUCUCGUAGUUGCAGAGAAAAAUAUUUGUAGAUCUCCAUAAAAUUGUCCUUUAAACUUGAACGUUCUCAAGGGUUGUUUGACCCUCAAGACCAUUUCACUUUCAAAUAAAAACAAACAAAAAAGUUUCUUAAAUGGUGCCACAUAAUCGUUAUUUACCAACAUUUUAUGUUCGAUUCGAAGAAACUUAACAUUCACUAAUUGUGGAAUUUUUAUUAUCAAGAACAUUAUCAAUAAACCUUCCUUCAAGAGGAUUAAAUUUGCAACAAAAAAAUUGUUGAAAUUUCUUCAACAACAAUAAAUUUCAUAUUCCAUUCAAAUUGAUAACAAAUGAUUUUAUAGAGAAUCGUCAAGAGACGACAGUCGAAAAACCUUCGCUUGGAAUUCCUCAAAUAUUUUUUGUUAACUAUUUUAUUAUGAUUUUUGUGCUGUUUGUUCAUGCAUCACGUUUAUCUUCCUUUGCAUGGGAUAAAAAUAUCAGCGAUGGAACAGUCAGACUGUGGAGUUACUACAAACGAGAUCCCCGAACAUUUCAACGGAGCAACUCACUAAAGUGCUAACAUUCGC